GGCAGGAUAGACGUCCAUUAGGUAGCUUCUCCCGAGGCCGUGAUUGGUCGGCCCGCCCGAGGAGCCGCGCCCUGAUUGGUCGAGGGCGGUGUUUUGGAGGGUGAGGGCAGAGUUUAAACCAGGAGAGGCGGCCAGCGAGGCUGUUUUAGUCUGCUUGGGCGUGUUUGAAGGCGGGUAUUAUUGGAGGUUAUGGCGGGCGUGCAGGUGGUGGGCGUGUGAGGGGAGAGGGAGAGCAGCGCGCCAUAAUACAGCCCCACACACCAGGGCUGUGGCAUACUUCACUCCCACACUUGGAGACAUCACACUCGAGAGCAUCACCUUUGUGGCCAGUUCUUCAAAAUUGAUGCAGUCACUGUAAAGAAAUCAUGUCUGACAAUAUCCUUGUGGCUGUUCGGUUGCGGCCAUUGAUCUCACGGGAGGAAACAGCCUCGGCUGCACUUCACUGGCAGAUUGGUCCAGAGAACACACUAUCCCAAAUUGAUCCAUCUUCUAAGAAACUCCUGUCUGCUCCUUACAAAUUUGAUCGUGUGUAUGGAGUAGAAUAUGAUAAUGAAGAUGUGUAUAUUGAAGUAGCAGAACCAAUCGUGGAGAGCGCUUUAGCCGGAUUUAAUGGAACCAUAUUUGCUUAUGGUCAAACUUCAUCUGGCAAGACGUUCACCAUGAUGGGCAACAAGGAUUCUCCAGGCAUAAUUCCCCUGGCCAUCCAAAAUAUCUUUAGGUCCAUAGAGAAUACUCCAGAUCGUGAAUAUCUAAUAAGAGUUUCCUACAUGGAAAUCUACAAUGAAAAUAUAACAGAUCUUCUUGCAAGCAGAGAUCAAAGACUAAAGUCCCUUGCUGUAAGAGAAGAUGUGUCGGGGGCUGUUUUUGUUGCAGACCUGAAGGAAGAGUGUGUUAACUCUGAAGAAAAGUUAUUGGCCCUCAUGCGUAAAGGAGACAAGAACCGUCACGUAGGAAUGACAAACAUGAAUGAACGCAGUUCUAGAUCCCACUCCAUUUUUCGACUGAUACUGGAGUCACGAGAGAGAGGGGAGGGGGACAGUAGUGAGACUGUUGUUACCGUUUCUCACCUUAAUUUAGUGGAUCUCGCAGGAUCCGAGAAUGCCUCUCAGUCUGGUGCAACCGGAGAAAGGCUAAAGGAAGGAGGCUUUAUCAAUAGAUCUCUAUUUAUGCUGGGUCGAGUGAUCUCACAGCUGAGUGAAGGAGAACAAUUUGUUAAUUUUCGGGAUUCCAAAUUGACAAGAAUUUUACAACUGUCUCUUGGUGGGAAUUCCAAAACAGCCAUAUUCUGUACAAUCACUCCGGCAGCUGUUGAGCAGACGCACUCCACGUUAAGAUUUGCUUCAAGAGCCAAGUCAAUAAAGAACCAACCCAUAGUAAAUGAAGUCUUGUCAGAUGCAGCAUUACUGAAGCGAUAUGCAACGGAGAUAAAAAAUCUGAAAUAUUCUCUUGAAAGAGAACGGCAAACUGACAAGGCUCAAGAGGUUGAGCAAGUUCGAGAAAAGCUUGACGAACAAGAACGCAAGAAUCAAGAACUCUUGGCAAAAGUUAACGAAUUGAAAACAAAGUUGGUGGUGUCAAGCCAUCCACGUGAGAGUUCUAAAUCUAGCAAUGCUAAAAAGAAGUCAAGACGUGAGACCUGGGCAGCACCAGCAAUGUUCCGAGCUAUGAGAGCAAGUAUGGGUAUCGUUCACGAGGAACCCAUCAAUGUGGACUACAAGUUCUUGGCUCCCGUGAUCCCGCCAUGGGUAGAGCAGAGCAAACUUUCAGAUAGCCCUUGCUCAGAGUCUUCACUGUCGAUGAUGGAGUGCUCUGUUGUGUCAGAUGGAUUUGGCAAAGGUGAAACCACUAUCAAUAUGGAGUUGGCUGAGCAGUCGAAGUUAGGGGUAUUGGACAAUAGCUUCAGCCCACCUUGUUCUAUGGUUGUCAAACGUCGUAGGAGGGUGCAGUUUGAAAUAAGCCCUCAACAGCAUGAAGGGUUUUGUGAUGCUGAAUGUCAGACUGAAGAGAGCUUGCAUCCUUUGACAGGCUAUCUCAGAUUAUCGCAUCCAUCAACACCAAUGGGGAAGUCUGAGUCAAUAUCUCAUGCUCAGAAGAUGGUGCCACCUGGUACCCCAGAACAUAUUCGAAAAGCAAUAAUUGAGGAGUUGCAACAGAAGGUGAUCACUCAGCAGGAGUGGAUAUCAGAAUAUGAAGUAGAAAUAAAUGAGUUGCAAGAAUUUCAGAGGCGUGAGAUUGAGCUAUUGCAGGAGAGCUUCUCUGCAAAGUUUCCUGGUGGAUCAGUAGACAAGACGAUGGAGCUUCAGAGGAAAGAGAUAAUGUCUCUAAAGCAUUCUCUUCGGGAUGCAGAGUCACUCUUACUUGAUGCCAAUAGAGAACGGUCACAGAAUUCACAAGAGAUGCUGACACUGCAAGAAGAAAUGAGAAAAAUUAAAGAAGAAAACUUGCGUUGCAGUUCAUUUGAAGAAGAACUUCUUAAGCUACGUGAAGAAGAGAAACGGUUGAAGAAGGCUAUAGCAAGCAAGGAUGAUAGACUCAAACAACUUGAAAAUGAACGCCAAGAUUUUGAUAUGAUGAUGGAAUUAGCACUACAGAAGCAGAAGCGAAAAGAAAAUGAUCUAAGGAAAAGCCUAGAUGAUGCUUGGAAGGAAAUAGCAGCUUAUGAGGGAAGUACCAAAGAAGAUAUGAAGAGACGCAGCGAACCUGUUUCGCUGCUGAAGGACAAGGGAACUAAACUCCGCGACAGCAUCCAGCUGCCCGAAGAAGCAGAGCAAAAAAUAAAGAACCUUGAGCAACAGUUAAAGGAAGCUCACUACAAGCAGGAAACAAAACAGAAGGAAAUAGCAGAGCAAAACUUGAAGCUUCAACAGAUGUCUGUGUUAGUAAAGAGAAUGGCAGAAAUUGAGUCUCAAGUUUCCUGUGUGGAGAGUCUCAAGAGCAAGUUGACCAAGACUCAGGAUGAACUGGAAAAUUUGACAAGAGAGAACAUGGACCUGCAAGACCUAUGUAACUGUCUACAACAGGAAGGAGAUGUUGGUCAGCUUCAGGCACUGCAGGAAGAGGUACAGUAUCUUCGCGACAAGCUGGAAGAGGCUGAUGUAGGAAAAAGCACAACAGUGUUGCGCAUCCCACACAUUAAUGUUGGCAAGGGAGACAUCACUCUAUCAUCUUGGGAAAUUUCUCGCAAACUGUCGGAAACAUUGCAAGUUUUAGAAGAAUCUAUAGUAACUCCUUCUUCACCGAUUAGAGGAUCCAUUAGCUCUCUAGAUGAACCUUUCUUGCAAGCACAAGAACUGGAGGUCAUCAAACAGCAGCUACUGGGCCUUCAGGAAUUAAUUCUUGCACAAGAGAACUAUGUACUUCAGAAACAACAGGAGCUGAAAGACCUGGAUGCAAAAACAACAUUUGAACGCUUGUAUCACCCACAGGUAAUUGCAGAAGUUGAAGAGGAAGUAAAUGUAUGGAAGUUACAAGAAUCUUUCUGUUCAGAAUAUAUAAUAUAUUUCUGGAGCUCUCACUACAAUUGCAACCAGUGGGGCCGGCCACGUUCAGGAGCAGCUGAUGUGAUGCUCCACACUGACACCACAGCGUCAGAAGAGGCAGCACAGAAAAUGGAUUAUAAGGGAAAUGGUUGUGAUUGUAAAUAUACAAUCUGUAAGUCAGCUUUUGCUGAAGAAAAUGCUGCUGUUCUGUCAUUUGGUCAAGAGCCUCAUUGUGUUCAAACUUCUGAUGCUUUGUUCUCAAGUACUGAAUUAGAUGCAUUGAAACAAGUCCAGCAGUUAAAAUGUCAAUUGGAACUUGUAAAUACAGAAAAUAAAGCCUUACACAAGCAGGUAAAUAAGCUACAAGAAAAUUUGAAUUUUAAAGGUUAUGUACCAAAAUGUCACGCUUGUAAUGAAUCUGUAUACGAGACUCCUCAGCAGUCAACCGCGCCUCAAUCUCUGGCUGAUGAAUUGCGUCAGUCAUUAUUUAAUGAAACAUUUGAGACUUCCAUACUCAAUCUUGUACCAGAUGCCAGUAUGUCAGAAACCCAACAGAUUAGUUUGGAACAUAUGAAAGAAAAUUUGGUAAUUUCAGAACAAGGAGAAACUGUGAGAAAAGAGAGCCAAAGUAUAGUGGAAAAAUCACAAAAUGUGGUUGACUUGGAAAAAGAACUUCAGUCGGCUAAAAAAGAGAAAACUGCCUUAGAAUUGGAAAUUGAAAGGCUUAAGAAAUUAAAUGAUACAUCAAUAUUAGAAGAGGAAAUACAUAGUCUUCGUUGGCAGGUUAAUUCUUUAAGUGAAGUAAAAGCAGAAUUGGAGGAGGAAUUGAAACUUUACCAAGAAGAACUUGAGAAAAUGAUGGAAAAGGAAACCAUUCAAUUGAAAGAUGGAAAGAAAAUUGAUGAUUUAAGUCCAGAUGAGACUAAGUGGGCCUCUCUAGAAAAGGAAAAGCUUAAAGGAAAUGAUGACAUUUGUAAGCCAAAGGUUCACAUUGAUAAUGAAACGAAGGCUGAAUCUCUCUACUGUAAAGAAGACAUUGAACAGAUGCAAAGCAAACUGCAAGAAUCGGAUAAAUUGAUUGCUUCUCUAGAAAAAGAGAAAGAAGAAUAUAUUGAAACUCUAGAGGUUAUGAAAGAAAAGCUCCAAAGUAAGUCAAAAGAAUUUGAUGAAGCAAGAGAGACUGCUUCAUGUUUUAAAUCCAAAGUUGAAAUACUAAACCGUCUAACUAAAGAAUUGGAAGAUGCUAAAGUGAUCACUGCUGCUAUAAAAGGAGAACUUGGUAAUGAAGUACAAAGUGCAAUAAGAGAAGAUGAAAUUGAGAUGACUGAUAUGCUCAGAGAUUUAAGAGAGGUGAUUUUAACUAUGAAAAGUGCAAAGGUAUUGUUUGCAGAUAAAUUAAAAGAAGCUGAAAUUAAAAUUGCAUCAUAUGAAGAAAGAGAAAAGAAUUACAAGCUGGAGAAAUGCUCAUUCUCUGAAGAACUGAGAGAAAAGGAAAAGGAACUUGAAUGUGUGAAAGAGAAACUUGUACUACUACAGGAUGAAGGGGAGCAGCAGCUUAAAAAUUUUGAAGAGAAGUUAACAAAUGUGAUUGCAGAAAAGGACAGUGAAUUAGAAAUGGUCAUAACUAAUUUUAUUGCCAAGGAAGAAGCCUUUGAAAGCAGAGAGAUCGAACUAAAGACAAUAGCUGAAAAAUCAGAGGAAUUGAAACAUGUACUGUACAAUAAGGACAUAGAGAUUCAAAACCUCGGGAAGAUGUGUGCAGAUCUCCAAAACAUGGUGAAGGAUUUGGAGGCUAACGUAUCAAAAAAAGCCAUUAUGUUUUCACAAAUUGAGGAAAAAUAUUCAGAGCUUCAAAAGGAGUUUGAUCUUCUAAAAAUUGUGUGUGACAACAAGAUUCUAGAAUUGAACAAAUCUGUAACCAGUUACGAAGAGCAACUUAACAAGACAAAAGAAGAUUUAUCUAAAUCUCAUGAAGAAAAUCAGAAAUUGCUGUUAGAUGCAGAAUGUGCUUCAAAGACUGGGGCCACGAUUACUUUGGCUGAAGGCUCUGGCCAAGUUAUUAUAAACCAAAAAUUGGAUGAAUUAGAGCACCUCAAAGAUGAGUACGCUAUUAAAAUAAAGGAAUGUGACCAACUAAGAAACACAGUUGAUAACCUUAAGAUCAUAGUAUCAAAGAAGGAAGAUGAACUUAAAAUUAUAUCAUUGUCACGUAAUGAAGAGGUGUGUUCUUACACACACAAUCUGAACAAGAAAGAUGAGGAAAUAAAUAAUCUUCAGAAUAUUUUAAAAACUAAGAAUGAGGAAGUUUUCAGCUUGAAUGCAUUGACUGAAUCCAAAGAUCACAAGUUGAGGCGGCUCGAAAGUGAUUUGAAAGAUGUAAAACAGACUCUUGAUGAUAAUGAGAGAGCGCUUCAGGAAUCCAUAUCUUCUAAAGAGAGGGAGAUGUCGAGCAGAAUGCAGGAGCGCGAUGAGGAAAUAGAACGCUUUAAAAAGCUUUAUGAAGAGGUAUGUUCUGAUAGAAGAUGUAUGAGUGAUGCCAUAAAGAGUCAUGGGGAAGAGGCACAGCAAUUAACAAGAGAGUGUAAUGGCCUCAAGCUUAAAUUAGUAAAUUUGGAAAAUGAUUACAAAAAUAUCACUGAUAUCCUUAAGACAAAGGAGGCUAAAAUUAUGGAAAAAGAAGGUGUAAUAUCCUUAAUGAAAUUAGAAUGUCAGAAGCUGCAGGAAGAUAUCUCUAUUUUUAAAUCUAAAGAAAAAUGUUUGAUUGAUGAACAAGAGUCUAGAAAUGAGGAAAAGGAGAAGGUAGUUGGGAUCAUUGAAAAGUAUGAAACUGAACUGUCGGAAAAAGAUGAAGAAAUAUGUAAACUUAGAACUGUGGUGGAAAGUAAGGCAUCUAAGCUUGGUGAGAUGGAGGAGACAGUGAUGUCUCUUGAGAAGACUAAUAAGGAGAUGGCUGAAAAGUGUAGUAAUACUGAAGCUGUGCAAAAGAAAUGUAUAAUUUUGGAAGAAGAAUUACUGAAAUGUAAAAGUGUGUCGAGUGAGCUGGCAAGCCUUGCAGAAAAAUUGGUUUCCACAGAGGACAAACUUGAGGCUGUACAAGCCAGUCUCAAUGCUAAGAUCGAAGAGUAUGAGGCAACAGUUGCUAAACAUGCUUCAGAAAAAAAAGAACUUAAUUUACGAUUACUAGAGACUGAAGAAAAUUACAAAACUGUUAAAGAUGAGCUAGAAAGAGUAGAGAUUCAGUUGCAAGACAAUAUAAUGACAGAUUAUAGGAAUAUAAAAUUAUCAUUAGAGUGUACUAAAAAUGAAUUUUCUCAGAGAAACUCUUACUUGGAAAUGGAAAAGGCAAAGUUAGAAGAAGAACUUUCGUCUUGUAAAUCUCAUGAAGAGGAAAUGAAUGCUCAAAUAGAAUCAAAUAAUGGACAGAUUGAAAAGCUAAUCAGACUCGUUGAGAAAUAUGAGACAGAAAUGUCUGAAAAGGAGGAACAAAUGCAGAGGCAGAGCAUAAAAUAUGAAGCAGAAGCUACGGAGAAAGAGGCACAGGUGCAGAAACUGCUAGAGACAAUUGAGACUAAGUUACUCAUGAUCAGUGAGUUAGAGGAAACAGUUAGGUCUCUUGCUAACAAAAAUGACAUAAUGAUACAGAAGUGUUAUGAAAUGGAAGAUUUGGACAAAAAAUGCAUUUCCUUGAGCGAAGAAAUUAUGACCAUAAAGAAUGUUCAGAGUCAGUUUGAGAUUGUGUCCAAAGAAUUGGCUGCUGCUGAAAGCAAAAAUCAAGCUCUGCAGGAAGACUUAGAAUCAAAGAUAAACAAAUACAAUAAAGAAAUUGCUAAUUGUAUCUUGGAGAAAGAGGAACUCGACAAUCAGUUAAUACAAACUAAGAAAGAACUCGGCAUCAUCAAAGCGAGGCUUUUAAAGUGUGAAGAAGACUUGGAAGAAAAAACUGUUGCUUUACGUUUGAAGGAAGAGGAGAACUGUAAAUUGGAUGCUGAAUUGGACGAUAUGGUAAAUUAUUACAAAAAAGAUAGCCUUAUGAAAGCUGAGAUGUGUGAGGAGUUAAGCCUCAAGUAUAAGAAGGUGGAGACAGAACUCUCUGAAACAAAGCUGAUGCUCAAAAAAUCCUUUCAAGGUGAUCAGUCAUCUGUUAGUCAGGUUACCAUUAAUAAGACACUUGGAGGAAAUACAGAGCUUCAUAACACAAUUGAAUCCCUGGAGAAAAGAUUAUUAUCUACACAAGAAGAGCUAGAAAGGAAGGAGAAAGAGUGUGUUGCACUAAAUGUAGAGAUGGAUGAGAUAGUGAAGCAUUUUAAGCAGGAAGGCAAAUAUUUGGGGGAAGAGUAUGACAAAGUUGCAGAAAAGUUAAAGAAAACCGAGGAUGAGCUCUUGGCUACUAAGGCAAACUUUUUGGAGUUAUCCAAACAUGAAGUGGCACUAGUUGGUGGCACCAGUAUUGCUUUGUGCAGUACCAAAACUCCAACAAUAGAAUGGGGAAAUUCUUCUCAAGAUAAAAAUAUCUUAGACGAGGAAUUGACUUCUCAAAAGAUGGAAAAUUUAAAACUUAAGAAACAAAUUAAAAUGUAUAAAGAAAAUCUAAAUGAUUUAGAAAAAAAUAGAGAAAUCUUGCAAGCAGAAUUGAAAGAAAGAACUGAUGCUUUCGCGUCUGUACAUGAAAGAUUGCGUAACCAAGAUAAAUUGAGACUUCUUCAACAGGAGGAAAGAGAGAAGCUAGAAAAGAAAUUAGUGGAAUAUCACAGCCGAUUAGAGGCUGUCAGACUAUCGGCAGGCAGUGGGAUGAGAAGCUUGGAGAAAAUUGAUGAACUGUUACAGAAAAUUGAGAUAAUGGACCAUGAACUCGCUGAGGCAAAUAAGAAAUAUGAGGACCUCACAAAAGAAUACAGUCAGUGCAAAGUAGAGUACUCAAGAUUAUUUGAAAAGCAUGAAGAACUUAAAGUUCAUACUGCAAAGAAAGAGAUGUUAUUGGAAGAAAGAAUUGAUAGUGAAGAGAAGCUUGUACAAGUAAGUAAACAGUUCGAUAUAGAAAUUAAUUGCUCAUCCUCAGAGCCAUCUGAUUCAAUUCUUAAUGGAAGAAAGAAAUCAAAGACAUUUGCAAUUGAAAGGGAGAGGGAUGCUCUAAGAGAAAUGUGUGAAGAGUUUAAUGAAAAAAUAAAAACUUUAGAAUCGACCCUAGACUCUCUCCGACGUUCUCAGGGUACAGUGUCAACAGUUGAGGAGUUCCAACGGGAACUUUCAUGGAUGAGGGAAAAGAUGGAGGCUGCCGAGAAAGAACGUGCUCUCGUCAAUUCCAAUUAUGACAGCCUUGAGAGGGACUUUGAAGCACUACAAAGGGAAAUGGAAGGGAUCCAAGACAAGGUGAAGGAACAAGAUCUUGCUGUCAAAAGUGAGGAACUUCAGAGCAGGAAAUAUGAAGAAUUAAAAGAAGAAAAUAAGUUGUUAAGACAAGCUACCAAAACUAAAGUGGCGGAUGCUUCAGUUGAUGGUGGAGAUAAUGACAAUUUACAAGAACAACUGGCUGCAGCAGAGCGUGUGAAUAAUGAGCUGCGGUUCAGGCUACGUGCCCUUAAUGCUCCUGCUGAAAAGGUUGCUCAAAACCUAAGGGAAGAGCUGAAUCAUGCCAACCAAAAGGUGACUCAGUUGAAAAAAGAGCUUCGUCGUAUACAAAACACACAGUGUAUGGAUUCCACAAUCUGUCAGAUGAAGCCCAGUGCCUCCCACCAUGAUAAAGAUGCUGUAGAACCCCAGAGCAAUAUCAAGCCUGAAUUUGAUUAUGCCAGUGGCAGUGGUGUUGUUUUGGAAAUCCAAGUUCUUAAUCUGCAGAAUAAGGUUUACCACUUGGAGAAGGAAAAAAAGGCUGCUGUGAAUGAAUGCAAGACAAUGGAGGAACACGUGGACCAUUACAAGAAUAAGGCUCAAGAAUGGAAAAAUAAUGCAAUGAUAGAGAGGAAAGUGGGAGAGAAAGUAAAGAAGGAAUUAGAAUUAUUGAAUGCUGAGACUGAGCAAUGUAAGACUAAAUUGGAAGAGAAGCAAAACUUUAUUGAGCGUCUGCAGUUUGAGCUGGGGCACCAGAGAGAAACAAUUAUUAAGAUGGAGAAGGAAAAACAGGAGAAAUCUCAGAAGCUUAAAGCUGACAGCUCCCAAACUGGGAUAUCGUCUCAGAGGCAUCUCUCUCUUCCUGCCCCGAUAAAGGAAACAGGUGCAGAUAAAGAGGAGGAUAAAAAAACGGCACGUUCCAGAAGCACGUAUCAACUAGGAGCUCACAAUGCUCCACUACCAACACAGACUUGCAUCGAGCGUCUCCCUGGAGUAAAAUCAUCCAAAAGUACUCAGAAAAAUCCCGCAGAAAAAGUUCAUAUGUGGCAAAGUUUAAAUAAGGAAAACCAAGACUACUCAAAGUUUUUCUCAGGAACCUCAAAGAAACCAGAUGAGGAUUGUAAAACUCAGUAAAAAUUAUCUAAGAAAAUAUGCUACAGCUUGGGUACAUAUCUGGAAUUUUGUUUAGCUUUCACAGAAAAGGAAGGGUAAUGGAAAAUAAUUGUAGUAUAACCUCGCCAUCAUGACUGAUCGUUCGUGAAUGGUUCUUUUUCAAUUUUUUUACUUUUUCUUAACAUAAGUGAUGGAACACAUUUUUUACAUUUACAUUCACAAAUUAUAUAGUGCAUUCUAGUAUUGAAAAAUAAAUGUUUAAUGUAUUUGUGUACAUAUAGAAACUACAUUUGUUAAUAAAUUAUAUAUUGAUGCAUUUUAAUGCACAGUGUACAGAAACUGCAUUUUAAUUUGUAAUAAAAAUAUAUAAAGUUUA